ACUAAAAUAGAAAACGUCAACCAGUGCGAGCCACAUGUCCAUAUCUCAUAUUCCCCUGGUCAUACUUUGACCAUAUAUUAUUAGUUUUUUUCCUCUUAACCCAAUUAUUAUUAUAUCUUUAUAUACAUUCGUAUAGUGUUUAUUCGGCAUCGGACUCUACCCGACUUUAUUCUGCUUUCAACGUAUUUAUAUUCGACAUUUCCUCUCAAGAUCAUAUAAUCUCAUCUUCAUGCACCCAAAAAAUGGACUCAAGAGCCGGAGAAACUGAUCAAAGCAAGUACAAAGGUAUCCGUCGUCGAAAAUGGGGAAAAUGGGUAUCAGAGAUUCGUGUUCCGGGAACUCGUCAACGUCUUUGGUUAGGCUCUUUCUCCACCGCCGAAGGCGCUGCCGUAGCCCACGACGUCGCUUUUUACUGCUUGCACCGACUAUCUUCCCUCGACGAUGAAGCUUUUAACUUCCCUCGUUUGCUCCCAACCUCCCUCGCCUCCAAUACAUCUCCUAAGUCAAUCCAAAAAGCAGCUUCCGACGCUGGCAUGGCCGUCGACGCCGGUUUCAACAUAAACAACGAUUCUGCUGUGUCUGGGAGUGGUGGUUGUGAAGAUAGAUCUUCCAUGGCGGCGAAUAUGGAAGAGGACAAUGAACUUAGUAUUUCCGUGUACGAUUAUUUGGAAGACGAUCUUGUUUGAUCUAUAUGAGUACGUUUUUAGCAGUUAA